UGAUACUAAUCAUAGAUAGACAGUCAUACAACCGGUGCUCUGAUAGGCUGUGCAGUCGCCAUGUUAACUUAGUUAUAGCUUAGUUAAGAAUAUUUCAUGGCUUUAUUUCAUAAAAAAUAACAAGUGGCAACUAGUCUAAUGCACACAAAAGAGAAAAUCUGGAAGAAUUCGAAAAUACGUACCCUCAGUGCCGUGGUGUGGAGUAACAUCUGCUUUGGAUUUUUCGAACAAUUUCCCUUAUGUUUACAUUAGUCUACAUUGAGCUCAUUUAGACAGGCACGACCACCAAAAUCUAAUAGAUCCAACUUGUUUACAGAUCUCUACGUAAACUGGUACGGGCAGUAGUUGCAACUUGAAUCAGUGCUAAAUGGGCAAUUUUGCCUCAGCGUCAAACUGAGUCUUCGUUCGAAACCAUUCAUAUGAAAAUAUGCUACCUCAUAUGUUCAUCAAACUCAUUUUCAUAUAAAGGGGUUUUUCGCCGAGGACUCGUUUUGAAACAGAGGCACAAGGUAACUUGAAAAUGACUUAUUUCAUAGUACCCUCAGUUGUCCCAAUUACAAGUCUUCGUCGCUGGUUUUCUUUUUCAUAUUAAUUUUUGUUUUUAAUUUUUGUAGUGGGUAAAAUCGUCACAUGCCCCAAGCUACAAGGUCUGCUACGAGAGCACAGAACCGUUAUGCGUACAAUUGCUAUUUGAUUUACCGUCCCGCGUUCUGCACAGCAUAUGGAAUGCUUUGUUUUACCUUAAAAAUAAUUGUACUUUGUUUUCAACUUCCCCCAUGGUUUGGGAGUCAAUAUUCAGGUAGGGCUACCACAGAAUUGGAUAAUACAAAACAGUGGAACAUUCCUCAAACGUGUGCCUGCUUGCAGGCCAACCAUCGCCUAGGUGGCACACAGGGCUUCAGGGAUUCGUCGCCACUCGCUCCAGUGGACAGCCAAUUGGUGCUCCCCUUUCCCGACUCUUCCAUACCAGCUCUUAAUCCUUUUUCCUUGUAGACAUACUCUACGUCACGUUGAGCAAAAUGAGUGCUUGCGUGACUUACCUAAAAUGCAGGGUCUGUUAAUUUGUGAUUGGGAAUAUGCUAAAAUGUCCGCAAACUGCACAGUGCGAUAGCAAAUCGUACUUUAAGUUUUAAUGCUAAUGAUGAACUUGGAUACAUUCUCACUGAUUCUUGCCCAUCAGUCAUGAUCAGUAUUUCAUUAUUACAAAUGCCACUUUACGUAGAUCUGAAAGUUUUGGAAAAAUUAAGAUUGCACCGAUUUGUACUGAUUUGGGUAUCAUUGAUCAUACUGAACAACAUGACGAAUUUACGAACUGUUCCUGGCUACGAAUCGUCAUUAAGCAGACAAGAUAGAGGUGACGGACAUUUUCUGUAGAACGUUACGCAAAAAGUAAAAUAAAUAUCACAUCUAUAUUCAUAGUCCAAGUUCCCAUUUCUUUCUCUCCACCGCCCCCACCCCCCCUUUUUUUUUUCUCUCACUCGGUUGUCCGCGUUUUAUGUAUAACAAUUUGUUUUGUUAUGAGCGCUUCCCCCACCCCUCCCCCAAAUAAGAGUUCGGAAUUCAGGAACACGUCAUCAAUUUUGGCUUGGCAUGCGGAAGCUGUAGGUGGUUCUGAUGUCUUCUUGGUUUCGUCUUGUUUUUUCCAGCAGUAACGAGUGACUAGGAUCACCGUAAGAAGACAACUAUUGCAGCCUACUAAUGCUUUCAUAGCUUUGAAUGAAGGAACACAAACCAAAUGAGCUAUGGAGAUGAAUUUGUCGUUACCUUCCAACAAUUCUGACGAGGACAAAUUUUAUAACAGAUGCUUUUUCGAGUUUGAAAGGUACAUUGAAAACGAAGCCAGUUACAUGACCACAAUCUGGUUUACCGCCAUCAUGAUUAUAAUCUGUACCACACUGGUCGGAAACUCAGCGAUUUUAAUCACAAUUUGGAGGACGUCCUCUUUGCAUUCGGUGGCGAAUAUCUUGCUGUCAAGCCUUGCUGUUUCAGAUCUUGCUGUUGGCUUGAUUGUUCAGCCUCUGUUCAUAGCAAGUGUUCAAUUUAGGAUGUUCUCUGUGUUCUUACUUUAUGUCAAUGUGGGUACGUUCUUUAGCAUUGCUUCUUUCUUCACCGUUACAGCAAUUGGAAUCGAACGCUUGCUUGCUCUUCAGUUACAUUUGAGAUACCAUGCAGUAGUGACGCCGUUUCGUGUCACUGGGACCGUUACUUUUAUUUAUUUUAUCUCCGGUGUUGUUGCUACCUCCAGUCUUUGGAUUCUCAAAGUAUUUUACAUUGUUCCAUCAGUUAUUUACAUCAGCCUUGUUUCAGGAAACUUUUUUGUUUAUAUGAAAAUCUAUCGCAUCAUUAGACGCCAUCAGAGACAGAUUCAAUAUCAACAUCGGCAACAAGACAACAUUUUCAGCGGAGUAAAAAGAUUCAAGAAAACUGCUUUAAAGACAUUUCUCGUGUGCAUUUUUCUUGUAUGUUGUUACAUGCCUUACUCGUUGGUUGUCAAGAUUGCCUUUAUUGCAGGAUUACACUUUUCUCCAAAAGUAUAUCACAUAACUAUCGGUUUAAUUUUCCUCAAUUCCACUAUAAACCCUUUAUUGUACUGCUGGCGAGAUCACGAGAUACGCACAGCUUUGAAGCAAUUGUUUCGCUGGCAAAGAACAGAGCUCGAAUCAGCCAUGGAAAAUCACUACAAUCUACCUUCCAAUCAUUCUGACAAGAACAGCUCCAGUGGAGACCUGUUCGAUCCCGACGGAUUUCCAGAACCAGAACUUAAUUUCAAGAUCACAAUCUGCGUCAUAAACGCUUUUCUUUCCCUUACUGCUAUGUUGGGAAACUCUGCAAUUCUGAUAACAUUCUGGAAUACAUCUUCUUUACAUUCAGCGGCGAAUAUCUUACUAGCAAGUCUUGCUGUAUCGGACCUCGCCGUUGGUCUUCUCGUUCAGCCUUUCGACAUAACAAACACAAUAAGCCGGAUAUACGCUUUUCAUUUCGCUGUUAUCAUUUUAGGUCCCUUUCUGACCAUCGCGUCUUUCUUCACUAUCACAGCAAUUGCAGUGGAUCGAUUGCUCGCUCUUCAGUUACACUUGAGAUAUCAUGCAGUAGUGACGCCAUUUCGUGUGACAUGGCUAGUUAUUUUUAUCUGGGUAUCUGCUGGCAUUCUUGCAAGUACGAAACAUUGGAUUGCAAGCCUAUCUCAGUUUGCCAUAUCUGCUACAAUCAACAGCCUUCUUGUUGGAAACUUCCUUGUUUAUUUGAAAAUCUAUCUUGUCGUUCGACGCCAUCAGAGACAGAUUCAACAUAUGCAUGAACAACAAGGGGCAAACAACGAGAACAUUUUAAGCAUGAAAAGAUUCAAGAAGUCAGCCAUGAACACAUUUCUCGUUUUCGUUUUAUUACUGUUUUGUUACUUGCCUUCUUCGUUCAUCGUUUAUUUAGCAUUUACAGGUGUAACUAUUUCACGAAAAGUUUUCGCCAUAGUUUUUACAUUAAUUUUCUUGAACUCUUCUCUAAACCCUUCAUUGUACUGUUGGCGAGAUCGUCAGAUUCGCACAGCCGUGAAACAACUGUUUUGCCGUUGAUUUUAUGCGUUUCCGUGUAUACGAAAUCUGAAGUAGGGCUUUUCCUGAAGGUGUUGCUAUGAUGAUAAAAUUUGCAUCUGUCCCAUUUCAGCCGUUUUAAAACAUAAAAUUAAGCAAGUAGUCUGUACGAGAAGGGAAAUGCUGUUUACUAUUCAGCAUUCUCAAACUCAUCAACAAUUCAUCAAGUUAAAACAAAGAAAAUCACAAUCGUGAAGGAGCUUUGGACAGCCGGUCUUAAUUAGCAUAG